AUGGCUUUCGCGUCGCUGAUCGCCUCCGUCGCCUUGUUCACUUUAUCCUUUGCUGCACCAACGAGCGAUGCCGCCGUCUGCUCCGACGGGACUCGCGUCAACAAUACGGCCUGCUGCGCUUUCAUCCCACUUGCUGCGGAUCUUCAAGAGAAUCUUUUCCAGGACGAAUGUAGCAAAGACGCCCAAGAAGUCAUACGGUUGGCUUUUGUGGACGCCAUCGGCAUCAGUCAGAGCCAAGGACCCCUAGCUGGCGGUGGUGCCGACGGUUCUGUGCUGCUCUUCCCCACAGUCGAGCCUCAUUAUGCAGAAAACAACGGCACCCAAGACAGCGUGAACAACCUCUUGCAUUUCCUCUCCCUCCACCCGGACGUUUCUGCCGGCGAUCUUGUCCAAUUCGCUGCCGCAGUCGCGCUCAUCAACUGCCCUGGCGCGCCGCAGCUGCAGUUCCUCGCCGGCCGACCGAAGCGCGUUUCCGUGCCCGCCGUGCGCGGGCUUGUCCCUCAACCGCAGGACAACGUGACCAAGAUCCUCGCGCGCUUUGCCGACGCAGGGGGCUUCUCACCAUUCGAGGUCGUCUCCCUCCUGGCGACGCACAGUAUCGCACAUUCGAACCUCGAUCCAACAGCCAGAGACGCACCCUUGGACACGACGCCGUUCGUGAUGGACACUCAGUUUUUCCUCGAGACCCUCCUCAAAGGAACCGGCUUCCCCGGCACGGGUAACCGCACGGGCGAGGCCGAAUCUCCGUACACGAUCACCAUCGGCAACGACACCGGCGAACUGCGACUGCAGUCCGACUUGGCGCUCGCGCGCGACCCGCGCACGGCGUGCUUCUGGCAAGGCUUUGUCAACCAGCAGGCGUUCAUGGCGUCCAGCUUCAAAGCGGCAAUGGCCAAGCUGGCAGUACUGGGACAGAACACGCGAACGCUCGUGGAUUGUUCGGACGUCGUCCCUCCCGCGAGCACGCGCACCGUCCCGCCGGCGACGUUUCCGAACACGAAGGGCCCGGGUGACCUCGAGCUGACGUGCGACACGGAGGUGUUCCCGACGCUCGUUCAACCGCGCGGGGCGACGGAGACGUUCAUCCCGCACUGUCCGGACGGAAGUAUGAGCUGCACCAACAUCCAAUUCCCUGGUCCGGCUCGGAAAUGA